ACAACAAUAAUUAUAAAAUAAAUAUAAGACCUUCAAUCUUAUAAUUCUGAUCGUCAAUGGCGAUUACUAGUACUGUUACAGUUCGUAUCACUGAUGAGCUCUCUCCCACCUUCUUCUCCUCCUCCUCCUCAGCUUCCACUAGAGCUUACUGGAAGUUAACCCGACGACUGACCUCCUUCGCGUACGAUCGCCAUACGGAUCGGGAAUUCGGAAUCGGUGGUAAGUUGAAGGCGACGACGAAUCCGUAUUCGUACACGGAAGUGGCACGGCCUGAGGAGAGGAAGAGUUUGACGGUUUUUUUGGUGGAAGCUGGAGAUUUCGUCGGAUCAGACGGUGGUCCGCCUCGGUGGUUCUCUCCGUUGGAAUGUGGCAAACGCGCUCCAGAAUCGCCUCUUCUUCUCUACUUACCUGGGAUCGAUGGUACUGGAUUAGGGCUCAUUCGCCAGCAUAAGAGGCUUGGAGAGAUAUUUGAUAUAUGGUGCCUUCACUUUCCAGUCAGUGAUCAUACUCCUGCUCGAGAUCUUGUGAAGCUCAUUGAGAAGACAGUUAGGUCAGAGCACUACCGUUUCCCAAAUAGACCCAUUUAUAUUGUUGGAGAUUCUAUUGGAGCUUCUCUUGCUCUAGUUGUUGCUGCCAGUAACCCCGACAUCGAUCUUGUCUUGAUUCUCGCUAAUCCAGUCACUCGUUUCAACAACUUCAUAUUGCAAUCUUUAUUGGGCUUCCUGGAUAUUUUGCCUGACGGAGUUCCCAGCUUGAUAGCAGAGAAUUUUGGGUUUAGCCAAGGUUCUCCGUUGACAGAAAUGUUCGAGACCAUGCUCAAUGAAACUGAUGCCGCGCAGAUGGCUAGAGGGCUAUUAGGAGAAUUAUUUGCAACUUCGUCUAACAUGCCUACUCUGAUGAGAAUCUUUCCCAAGGACACACUUCUGUGGAAGCUUCAAUUGCUUAAGUCUGCUUCAGCGUGUGCUAAUUCGCAGAUGGACACAGUCAACGCCCAAACACUGAUACUUCUGAGUGGACGUGAUCAAUGGUUAGUGAACAAGGAAGACAUUGAGAGACUCCGCGCAUUGCCAAGAUGUGAAGUUCGUGAGUUUGAGAAUAAUGGACAGUUCCUCUUGUUGGAGGAUGGCGUAGAUCUGGUGAGUAUCAUCAAGCGUGCGUAUUAUUAUCGCCGUGGGAAGUCACUUGAUUACAUUUCAGAUUACAUUCUGCCUACCCCAUUUGAGUUCAAAGAGUAUGAAGAAUCCCAAAGAUCACUUGCAGGAGUACCUUCAGAGGGACCGGUUCUAUAUGUUGGAAAUCACAUGUUGCUUGGUAUGGAGUUGCAUGCAAUAGCACUUCAGUUCUUAAAAGAAAGGAACAUUCUGUUGCGAGGACUGGCACAUCCAUUGAUGUUUACCAAAAACAAAGGCUCAAAACUCCCUGAUAUGCAGUUGUACGACUUAUUUAGGAUAAUAGGCGCAGUUCCUGUCUCGGGUAUGAAUUUCUACAAACUACUUCGCUCAAACGCUCAUGUGGCUUUGUAUCCUGGUGGUGUCCGUGAAGCUUUGCACAGAAAGGGUGAAGAAUACAAGUUGUUUUGGCCAGAACACUCGGAGUUUGUAAGGAUCGUAUCUAAAUUUGGAGCAAAAAUCAUUCCUUAUGGAGUUGUUGGAGAAGAUGAUCUUUUUGAAAUGGUUUUAGAUUACAAUGAUCAAAUGAAGAUCCCUUUCUUGAAGAAUCUUAUAGAAGAGAUAACACAAGACUCCGUUAACUUGAGGAUCGAUGAAGAAGGUGAACUGGUAAAACAAGAUUUGCAUGUGCCUGGGAUAGUUCCCAAGAUCCCGGGACGGUUUUAUGUAUACUUUGGGAAACCAAUAGAAACAGAAGGUAGAGAGAAAGAGCUAAGUGAUAAAGAGAAAGCUCAUGAGGUUUACUUGCAGGUCAAGUCUGAGGUAGAAAAAUGUAUGACCUAUUUGAAGAUCAAAAGAGAAACUGAUCCUUACAGAAACAUUUUGCCGAGGUCGCUCUAUUACCUCCUUCAUGGUUUCUCUUCCCAAAUCCCAACCUUUGAUCUACGAGAUCAUUAAAUUUAGUUACUAAAUAAGUGUUGUAGCUCUAUUUACACGAACCUGAUUUAGCUGUGUGAUAAAAAAGAUAAAACACGUAAAUUUGGGUAUGUUAUUGUAACUUUGAAAGUGUGUAUGGCUGUUAGUUAAUGUGGAAAGGUGAGCGAGUCGGGAGUA